GAAGCAAUUCAGACAUCUUGUUAUUUCAUUCAUAAGUAUUUUUAAGUAUCACAUAGGAAUCUUAUUAGCAAUAUUGUUAAAACAGUUUACCUUUGAUUAAUGAACUUCUUAUUUUACCACAGAAUUCAUAUUUUGUUGCCUUGAAACUUGAAAAGUAAAUGGGGCUUCCAUAGUAUAUUGAAUGUGUAAAACUUACAUGGACAGUUGGAUUGUGUGAACUGGCUCUUUCCCUGUGAUUAGUCUAUUCUGUACACAGUGGCGUCCAGGGUGCAGGAACGCCCCUCCUUUGGUCACCUAGUAACUUUUCACUGGUCAACAACAAGCUGAAUAAACUAUUAUGCUGCGGAAAAGUGCUUGGCUAGCCAACUUGGAUCAUCUCCUAGAUUUUAAGAGAAAUAACCAUCGCCAAGUUUGAAUUCACUAAACCUUUGGGCUUUGCUGGCAGGAAAAAAGCAUUCCACUCUUGGAGCAUAAAAUGGAUACAGAAGACAUAGGCUCAGGUAAACUAGGCCAAAUAUUGAAGCAGAUUUGGAGACAAAACCUGAUGCUAAAGCAGGCGCUCCUGGAUGAUGACCACUGGGAAGGGGCUGGUAGGGACACUUGGAUAGCCACAGUGGUCUUUCUGGGUCAAGAGCUCAGUGGGGCCCUGCACCAACUCUUGGAGCACACUGCUGGGACCCUGCGCUCCACCUGCCAGCAGCUGUAUGUACUGCUUGACAAGGAAAAUCACUCUAUCUGGAAACAAGAAAUCAUUACUUUCAUAGACUGCCUCGUGAAAAUAAAUGAAUAUUUGGGGAGCACUGUUACACUUCUAAAGAAAGAAGAAAAGGAGAUGUGUAAUUUAUGCGGCAUGCAUGAUGAAUGUACUCCACUGCAGACAAUGUCCGCCAUUCAAGAUAUCAAAGCAGCAGACAUUGCUGCAAGAGGGGAACAAAAUGUCAUAGAAACAGCUACUGUUUCUCCUAUAAAUGGAGAGGAAAGUCAUUACACAAACCAGGUCCAGUUAAAAAAAAAUAAAACACAUAUGAGUUCGGAAUUAGUGGAAAAAGAGAACAAUACGUCAUUGAACGGAGAUGUAACAGGGCAAGAAGAGUCACAGAACAAAAUGUUCCCAGAUAAAGCGGAAAUUGAAGAUGAUAAACAAAUAGAACACAUGACUGUUGAGAACAUAAAUGGGAACAGGGAAGAAAUGCAUGACAUAAUCCAGACGGCAGAAAGAGAAAUUCAAGAGAACUCAGAAAGCCAAAGAGAAGGGAUUACCACAUCCUCAGCAACAUGUGAUAUCUCCAAUAAAUAUGUGAAUAAUCUUCUUCCCAAUGAGUCAGAGAGUCUAAAGCAAAAGAAUAACGUAAUGGAAAAGGAAUAUUUGUAUGUGCUGAGUGAUGAUACUGGUCCCCAAGUGUCUUGUUAUAUUACAGCACCAUCAUAUGUUCUACAACAUCUGGAAUGCCGGAUAAUUAAUAGCAUGAGUUCUUUAAUAGUGAGUGAUAAUGAAGAGUUGGUCAGCAAUGUCAUCGCUGUUGAGUGCUCAGAUAUGGAAAAGAGAGUUCCAUUUCCAAUAUGCAUUGCAAUUCCUUUUACGACUCGUUACAGGGGAAAUUACAGAGACGUCUUGGUGAAAGUGUCUGACGUGAACCUUCAGUCAAGUUACCUAACCCCAAAUGCACUGGAAGGAAUGAGAGGAAGUUACAAGGGGACCUGUGCUGAAGUGAAAGUUUACAAGUUGGGUAUCUUUUCUGUUGUGUCUUGUUUAAAGAAAGAGUCCUUCACAAUAACAAAGAAAGGCCUUACUCUUAAGCCAAGCAUGGAUUCCAGAAUAUCCUUAAGUUACCCUCCAGGAGUUUUCAGCUCGCCAGUGCUUGUACAAUUAAAGGUCCAACCAGUUGACCUAUCUGUGGUGGCAUAUUUAAAAACACAGCAAGAUACUUCCUACUCAGUGCUAUGCACAAGUCCUCUGAUUCACGUUCAGCACCCAUCAACACAUCCUUUCCAGAAGCCAGUCACUGUAUUCCUACCUUGUUCUCCACAUCCUGAUAAAAGGAAUCUUAGGUCUGAGAUAGAUCAUAAAAGAACAGCUCGUGCCACAAUAAACAAGAUCAUACCUUUAUACCUCAACCGGACAAAAAGUGCUUCUGUAAGAAAACCUGGGAACAAUGCCUGUGAAUCUUUAAAAUUACUGGGAUUCAGAAGCCGAGACAGUGGUUGGUUUGUGCUUGACAAUGUCGUGGUGAGAACCAUGCAGAGUGGCUUGAUAUCAUUUGAAUUAUGUGAACAUUUCGAGAGGUUCAUUGUGCUUCACCUGUCUUGCAUUGUGGACAAUAGCCAUUUGGUUUCUUUUGUGAAGUCUUUAGAGGAAGCCAUGCUCAGCACCACUGCCUCUGUUGUGCUGUAUCACAAGAAAGACAAUCCAUAUAGAGUUGUUGUUUUAGUGGUGCCUUCCAAAGAUUUAAACCAGGUGCUCAGGAACUUGAGCUUGGAAGGGUUCAGUGGUCCUCCAGAGCCAUCUCGCCAUUUCCAAGUAAAAGAAGGAGAACAACUUCUUUUAAGAUUUACUGGAAACAUAUAUGCUUCAAGCAAUGGGAAGGAUUAUGGAAAAGAUUACAAGCUUAUUUUUCAUUUACAAAGAAGACCCAGGCUGGAACUCCAAAUCAAAGAGGUGGAUGAAUUUGGAAACUAUAGCUGCUCUCAUUAUAAGGGCACUAUUGAAGUUUAUAUAGUACCCAAGGGAAAGAUAGACUCCAACUUGGAUCAAUCUCUUACACUCAGUGAAAACAGUUGUCAGUUGCCAAUUUGCAAAUUACCAUUGAGAUUGCCAAAGCAUGAAAAAUUGAUCAACCGCCCACAGAGUACCAGAAGAAUUUCUACAGAUCCUCUAGAAACCCUGUGGGAUAACUUGCUCUACUGGCUAGCAGACGAGCUUUCGGAAGAAGAUGCUAUGUGUCUCUCCACAUCCCUCCCUCUUCGCCGCAGCACCAUUCAGCUCAUCAAACUGAAGAACCCUGAUGAUCUCACAGAACAGAUCCAUGCACUCCUUUGCUUCUGGAAAAAAUCACUCCCAAAUUCCACUGAUAAACUUCGCCUUCUGGCUCGCCAUCUCCGCAAGAUCGGCAGGAGUGAUCUUUCAGAAGAGCUCAAAUUCAAGUGGGAACAUAAAGUGUUCACCGAACCACAGCAGUGGUUUGAAAUGGCAGAGUAAUGCCAGCUUGUUCUUUCUUUUGCCCUAGAAAAGAGUCAGAGUUGGUUUUCACAUGGUUUCUGUCAACAAUUUACUGGCAGUUUCCAAGUAAUGUUGUUUGAAAUGAAUCUUUUUGAUCAAUGUGCUGUUGAGACAAGUGGAGAAGCGCUAAUCAGACAAUAAAAAGCAAUCCUGGGUUUGAGCAUCCUUCAUGGUUCAGAGACAUAUGUUCUGCAAGCAUAAUUGUCUUGAGUUCAGCCAAACCUAAUAGCAUUUGUAAUCGAGUUUGCUCUGUUUACGUUUUAAUAGGUGAGGUUGCUUUCUAAGUAGAAAGGAAAGAUAUGAUAUACAGAAUCCCUUUUUAAAUUGUUAUCUACAUAAAAGGAAACUAGUUACACAGGAUUCCAAGAAAAUAAUUCACAUUGUGCACAUACCAUGGAGCCCACAGGUAACAAUGCAAAAUAAAUUGGGCUGCAGAGCCCUGAUGCUGAAGACAGCAAAUCACUUUAAGAAAAUAGACCAGCUUGAAAUAAAUUAAAAAAAGAAUAACAUUUCACCCAUUUACUGCCACAAACUUUUAUUUUAUUAAAAAUGUAGCUUGGAAUAGGGAAAAUCUCAUGUGAAAUGAGGCAGUGCAGAGAAAAUGAAGCAUCAGUGAAAGAAUUCAGGGCCUUUUUCACCGUCUUAGAAAAAACAACCUGCUUUCAAAUCAGUUUGACAGAAACCUUAUUACUUAAGCCCUCUAUGUGCAUCAUUAAAAAAAAACCCACCUGUAAAAAAACACAAAACUAAAAGAAAAAAAUAAUAAUUCCCAAAGCCCCUCCAUCAUUGAUAAUCCUGUUAAUGUCUAGUGUAUAAGCUUUGAGACCUUGGAAAACCUAGAGCACCUUCGCUCCCUGAGUCAGUGUGAUACGAGUGGGGGAUUACAUUGGUGUUACAGAUUCAUUAAUGCAACCAUCAGGGCCUUGGCCUGCAAACAUCAGUAGUGAUUAGUUUAUAUUAUAUUAUUAUAUUAUUAGUUAUAUUAUUGAAUUCCUGAAAAUUAAUGACGUCACAUGGAAAAUUAAACAUUUAUAUGGUUUUGAAAUGAAAAGACAAGAUUUCCUUCUACAAAUUAACCAGGGACUUAGAUAUCUGUUUGGUUAUAUAUUGAAAAAGAGGAUUCCAAUUUUCAACUACAUUCCUAUUAAGAAACAUUUUGUUAGUCAAGAUUUGUAUUAUUUUUACAUGUUUCCAGAAAGGUACAAUAUUUUUCAUGUGUUCUUGGAACGAAGAAAACACUGAAAUGUUCAUUGUUCUGACUACAAAAUAAGAAAAAAGUAAAGAAAAUAAAAUUCGCAUCUUAUUCCAAAACUAGAGGUUACUAUUAUGAACAUUUUGGCAUAUUUUCUUCCAGUUUUGCUUUUUUUUCCUGGAAGGAAAUGUUUCUAUUUCUGUGUAUACAGGUGUAUAUAAACACACUCACCUAUGUGCUCACAUGCACACACACACAGAUACAUGUAAAUCCCCUCACACAUACCGCCUCACUCAUUCAUCUCCUCCUUAUUCACUCACUCGCAUUUCCUCACACCCCACCAUGUCCUCGCACCCCCAUAAGGACUCUCACUCAUGCAAACACACACAUCCCCUCCCACACACCUCUCACAAACACACCCUUGAACACAUACCUACCCUUUACACGCGCACAGUCUCACAUCCACAUGCAUCCUCACAUGCACCCUGUCACAAACAGGGGUCCUCCCACAUACCCCACUCCCACCUCUCUCAUACACACUUAUUUACAUGCAACCCUCUCACACGCAUAUGGUCUCUGAUCCACUUGUACACUCUCACAUAUGCUUUCACAAACUCAUACACACCUCACUCCCACAUCUCAUACACACAUGUACUCAUUAAUAUAUACACCCCACAGACACACGCACACACAAAAUACGCCAUCUCACAUUACCUGUACACCUUUACAUACGCAAUACACGCUCACAUGCACACUCUCUUCUCACACACCGCAUUCCCACCUCUCUCUCGCUCGCUCACUCUUGCUCUCUCACUUUCACACACACACACUCACUCAUUCACAUACUUCACAUACAUACCCUCACAGGCACACAUCCCUUCACACACACAUACUCUGACACACAUUUUUUCCCAGAAUUAAAAAAAAAUUGCUUAUAUUAUUGCAACAGUAAAACAAUACAAAGGUAUAUAAAGGAGAAAAUGAAUCAUCUCUUAGGUAAUCAAAAGAAUCAGUCUGGUAUGUGGCAUGUGGCUCGUGUGUUCAGUGUGCCACGUCCACACCCCACACUUGUGCACCCAGCUCUCCAUCUUGUGGGUUGACCUGUGUGGACCACAGCAGCGAUGUCUCUGGCUUCUUAUUGGGUCUGGGUAACAGGGAGCCCCAGCAGGAGACUGGGUGGAGGGAGGAGACUGAGUUAGACUAUUCCCCUUCCUUCUUCCCUUUGUAUUCACCAGGGCCAGGCUGUGUCCCUCAGCCAAAGGCCACUGCUCCCCUCCCCUCCAGGCAACUCUCUCCUGGGUUUUGGGAAC